UAACGGUAACGGCAUUCCGGCUCCUUACCGUCAGUUUAGAGUAAUUUCUUUUCCCUCCCGCGCUUCGUCGUCGUCUACCUAUAUAUACUCGCCCAAAAUGAAAGAUGAGAGAGCGGAAAGGGAUUGCGAUCUCCAGUCUCUGAUCUGUGUAAGCUCUCUACCACCAACUUCUCAGGUUUGCUUUUCUUCUUCUCUCUCGCGUAGAUAAUUCAUCGAUAUCCGAUUCCGUCACAAACAGAGAUGAUUGUUUCGUUGGAUGUUCGGCUUCGAAUGGAUCGAUCAGUUUGUGAUCGAUGUCGAAGACUUUUGAUUCCGGUGUUCUGUUUCUUUGAUCCAAUUUCGCAAUCGUUCCAUAUGUUUUUGGAAUUGGAACCUGAAACGGAUCCCCUUUGGGGUUGGAUCUGGGAAGGAACCAAUCGAUCCCAAGUUCGGUAGAUAAUUCCCUAACGUCUUUGGUUACUGCUAUAAUAUCCAUUGCAGCGAUCAUCGAUCUUGAACAUAUCACGAAGCGAUCGAAACCCAGAUCAAGGAGCGCAUCAAGACAAUGGAGGGGGGCGACGGCAGAACGGGCGGCGGAGAUGAGAUGGCGACGGAGAUGGGAUCAGGGGAAAUGGAGCACGACAUCCAACGCAUCCUCGAAAAGAUCGACCAGUUCACUCAACAGGUGUGGGAGCUGCUGGACGCAGGGAGGACGCUGUUCAAAACCCUGUCAUCGGAAUUCGAAGAACGCUUGAUCUCAAUCCACAAGGAGCAGAUGGCGAAGUGGCAGGAGGAGAUCAAGGAGAUGCAGUUGCGUGACACAUGCAACGAAGCAGCUCGAGCUCUCCUUGAGAACGCCCAGCACUUGCUUCGCAGUGCUCCUCAGGCCUCUCCUACACAGCAGCCUCUGCAGGAUUUCUCAGGUGAAAUGUAAGUGGCGAAGGUGAAAUCUGUGCUUUUGUUUUACUCCUAUGUACUGCCUAAUUCACGAUAACACGACAAUUGUUGCACCCAUGCAACUAGCAAUUCAUAGCUGUGUCAACUCCCAUCGCAUCCUUCUACAUGAAA